AUGAGACUCGUAGUCUGGUUUCUUUCUCUGCUCACUGUGUUCGGCUCUGCAGAAUGUGGGAAUGUUUUAGUUUGGUUUACUGAGGGCAGUCACUGGAUCAAUCUGAAGAUUGUGUUGGAAACGUUGAUUGACAGGGGACACAAUGUAACAGUGCUGGUUCCGGAUGCCUCUCUCUUCAUGAAAGCCAAAGAAUCGGAUCGCUUCUCCUACCAGCCCUUUAACGUGGCCGUGGAUGAACAGGAGAUGCGAGACUUCAUUGAGGAAUUUCUGUAUUUCUCAGUGUAUGAGACUGACCAGUUAAACUUACUGCAGAUUCAAAUGAAAGUCUUAGAGUUUACUUCUAAACUUCAGGAUAUGUCUAUAUCAUACUGUGACGGCAUUCUGAAAUCACCAGAGUUGAUGGACAAAUUGCGGAAUGGAAAGUUUGAUGUUGUUCUGUCAGAUCCGAUCUACCCGUGCAGCGAUAUUGUGGCUGAAGAGCUGAACGUUCCCUUGGUUUUCACGUUCCGGUUAUCCAUUGCUAACGUUGCAGAGCGGGUGUGUGGCCAGAUACCAGCUCCACCAUCUUUUGUUCCUGGAGCCAUGAGUAAACUCACUGACAAGAUGAGCUUUACGGAGCGAGCCAAAAAUAUGCUUUUCUACCUUUCUCAAGAUUUGCUUGCCACUAUUGCUUGGAGAAAAUUUGACAACUAUUACACUGAAUAUUUAGGACGGCCCACUUCAUUUUGUGAGAUGUUGGGUAAAGCUGAUAUCUGGUUAAUCAGAACCUACUGGGAUUUUGAGUUUCCACGGCCAUUUCUGCCCAACUUCAAAUACGUUGGAGGACUUCACUGCACCCCUGCCAAACCAUUACCCAAGGACAUGGAGGAGUUUGUACAGAGCUCAGGAGAUGAUGGGAUUGUGGUCUUCAGUCUGGGGUCUAUGAUAGACAAAAUGCCCAAAGAGACGAGCAAUAUGAUCGCCUCCGCACUGGCACAGAUUCCACAGAAGGUUUUAUGGCGAUAUGGUGGAGAGAAGCCAGAUACUCUUCGUGAAAACACCAGAAUCUAUAAGUGGAUCCCUCAGAAUGAUUUAUUGGGUCACCCCAAAACCAGAGCAUUCAUCACUCAUGGAGGCACUAACGGCAUAUACGAGGCCAUUUAUCAUGGCGUUCCAAUGGUUGGGAUCCCCUUGUUUGGUGACCAAGCUGAUAAUUUGGUUCAUAUGAAGGCCAAAGGUGCUGCUGUUGUCAUGGACAACAUUAAAACCACAAGCGGAGACAGCUGGUGA